AGACGAAACAUUUCCUUUAGUGUUGUGGGCAGGAAAGCAAUUGCAAUGAAAAUCAGUAUUGCUGUAGUUUUUGCAUUAUACCUCCAAAAUGUCUAUGGAUACAAUAUUUUGGGGGUAUUUCACACUAGUGGAAAAUCCCACUACAUCUUGGGAUCGGCACUAAUGAGAGGUUUAGCUGAGGCUGGACACAAUGUAACAAUUGUUGCAGCAUAUAAGCAAGCUGAACCAGUGGAAAAUAUGCGUGAAAUCGUAAUUUCUAUGCCACCUGCUGAUUCUUUUAGUAAAAUACUGUACAAUAUUAAGGGAAAAUCGACAUAUCAACAGUUCGAAGAUGUAGUCACAUUUGGGAUAAUGUUUACGAAUGAUACCCUAAAUGAUCCGAAUAUGCAGAAGUUGAUGAGGAGCGGAGAAAAGUUUGAUGUAGUAAUUGCGGAGAUUUUCUACUCGGAAAGCCUCUUGGGGCUUGGUAAAUUAUUCGAUGCUCACAUGAUUGGAUUUUCGACUUUUGGAGCUGCUAAAUCAUCCCUUGAUCUCAAUGGUUCACCUUCUCCACUCUCCUAUGUACCUCACUUCCAAUUAAAUUAUCCAGAUCAAAUGAAUUUUUGUCAACGACUAGCAAACACAUUAUAUACGGCAUCGGAAAAUAUUUUUAUGCAUCUUCAGUACGAUCAUAGGCAGGAAGCGGUUUACAACAAUCACUUUGCCGACCCAAAGCCAAAGCUGGAUGAUUUGAGAAAAUCACUUCCUCUGGUUCUACUCAAUUCUCACUUUUCAAUGAGCUAUCCACGACCUAAUCUACCAAAUUUAGUUGAUAUAGGAGGAUUUCACAUCAACAAAAAACGCAAGCCUUUAUCCAAAGAUUUGCAGGAAUUCUUAGACACAGCACCUAAUGGUGUUAUCUACUUUUCAAUGGGAUCAACUCUCAAAGGUGCCGAUCUUCCUUCGGAUAAAAGGGAUGCCCUGCUGAGAGUCUUUAGGCGUCUUCCAGUGAGAGUGAUGUGGAAAUGGGAAGAUGAUGCCCUGCCGGGAAAACCAGAAAAUGUUCUCAUUCGAAAAUGGUUCCCACAGGAUGACAUCCUGGCACAUCCUAAAGUUAGAUUCUUCAUCACUCACGGAGGUCUUCUCAGCACAAUGGAGGCAACCUAUCAUGGCGUUCCUGUUCUUGGAAUCCCAAUUUUUGGUGAUCAAGGCAUGAAUAUGGGAAAGACUCAAGCAGCUGGAUAUGGGAUUACCAUAGAAUUCACAAACUUAACUGAACAAUCCAUAUCCUGGGCCAUUAAUGAGAUGCUCACAAAUACAAAAUAUUCCGAAAGAGCUAAAACAAUUUCUGCUCGUUUCCGAGAUCAGCCUGAAGAUCCAAUGAGUCGUGCUGUCUAUUGGAUAGAGUACGUUGCACGUCAUCAAGGGGCUAAGCAUUUAAUUUCAGGAGGACAGGAGUUAAAUUUUAUUCAGUAUCACAACUUGGAUGUUUUUGGAUUCCUGCUCUUAAUUCCUUUCUUGGUUAUUAUAAGUAUUACGUGGUUUUUGAGAAAAUGUCUGAAGAAAUCGCUAAAGAAUGACUUAAAGAAGAAAUACAAACUGAAAAACACAUAUAACAGUGAAAGUUGUCUCAACAUUGGAUUGAGAAGACGUUUUACUUGUUUUAGUUCUCGAAACCGGCGUGUAGUCAAAAUGAAACUCAUUAUUGGCUUAAUUUGUGUGAUUUCUGUGCUGAAUGUUGAAAAUGCUUCCGGUUACAACAUACUCGGAAUUUUUCACACAGGCGGAAAAUCGCAUUAUAUUUUAGCCACAGCAUUGAUGAAAGAAUUAGCAUCACAGGGGCACAAUGUAACCAUCGUAGCUCCUUACAAACUCCCUAAACCAGUUGAAAAUUUGCGUGAAAUUGUACUAGAAGUACCACCAGUUAAUAUCUUCAGCAAACUGCUUUAUCAGCAGACUAAUAAUUCAAUUUUUCAACAACUCGACGAUGUAAUAUCUUUUGGAAUAAAUUUUACAAAUGACGCUUUGAAUGAUCGGAACAUGAUAAACCUCAUGAGGAGUGGGGAAACAUUUGAUGUCCUAAUUGUGGAGCUAUUCUUAUCAGAAUCACUCCUUGGUCUUGGAAAAGUUUUCAAUGCACCAAUGAUUGGGUUUUGCAGCUUUGGGGCUUCAAAGUGGACAACUGAUCUCAAUGGAUCACCUUCUCCACUCUCCUAUGUACCCCACAACCAAUUUACCUUUAGCGAUCGAAUGACCUUUUCUCAGCGUUUUGCCAAUACUCUCAUUUCAAUCUUCGAAAAGACUUUCAUGGACUUUUACUACAAUCACCAACAGGAAGCCCUCUAUAACAAGCAUUUCCCUGAUCCUAAACCAAAAUUGGAUGAUUUGAAAAGGACAUCGCUUUCGGCUAUUCUUCUCAAUUCACAUUUUUCAAUGAGCUAUCCACGACCUAAUCUGCCAAAUUACAUUGAAAUUGGAGGAUUUCACAUCAAUAAAAAAUCAAAACCACUGCCAAAGGACUUAGAGGAAUUCCUGGAUACUGCACCGAAUGGUGUCAUCUACUUCUCAAUGGGAUCAAACUUGAAGAGUGCAGAUCUACCUGUUGAGAAGAGGGAUGCUCUUCUGAGAGUCUUUGGGCGUCUUCCAGUAAGAGUAUUGUGGAAAUGGGAAGAUGAUGCCCUGCCGGGAAAACCAGAAAAUGUUCUCAUUCGAAAGUGGUUCCCGCAGGAUGACAUUCUGGCACAUCCUAAAGUUAGAUUCUUCAUCACUCACGGAGGUCUUCUCAGCACAAUGGAGGCAACCUAUCAUGGUGUUCCUGUUCUUGGAAUCCCAAUUUUUGGUGAUCAAGGCAUGAAUAUGGGAAAGACUCAGGCAGCUGGAUAUGGAAUUACCAUAGAAUUCACAAACUUAACCGAACAAUCCAUAUCUUGGGCCAUUAAUGAGAUGCUCACGAAUACAAAAUAUUCCGAAAGAGCUAAAACAAUUUCUGCUCGUUUCCGUGAUCAGCCAGAAGAUCCAAUGAGUCGGGCUGUCUAUUGGAUAGAAUACGUUGCACGACAUCAAGGGGCUAAGCAUUUAAUUUCAGGAGGACAGGAGUUAAAUUUUAUUCAGUAUCACAACUUGGAUGUCUUUGCAUUAUUACUAUUAAUUCCAAUUCUAAUUAUAUUGGGAAUCAGACUGCUAUGUAAAAAGUUAUGUAUGAAAUCUUCUCAAAAAGACUUAAAAAAGAAAUAUAAUUAAUUGAGAACUCUGGUGAAAUUCUUUUUAAAGAAAAUGUAAUAUAAUGAUAAUGGCCUAAUUUUACAUAAUUCAUGCUUAUGCCUUCUAAAAAUAAAAACAAACAUAUU